UAUGCGAAGUGGCCAGCCACUGACUGGCACAAAUGGGAGACGGUGCAAGGAAGAUGAGAAGUUGAUAAAUGCUACCCUGAGGGCAGGAAAACGUGGCUACAUCAUUGACACUCGAUCUCUAAAUGUGGCACAGCAAGCUAGAGCCAAAGGAGGUGGCUUUGAACAAGAAGCUCAUUACCCCCAGUGGAGGCGGAUCCAUAAAUCCAUUGAGAGAUACCACAUUCUUCAGGAGAGUUUAGUCAAACUUGUGGAAGCUUGUAAUGAGCAAACACAUAACAUGGACCGAUGGCUCAGUAAGUUGGAGGCUUCCAACUGGCUUGCUCAUAUCAAAGAGAUUCUGACAACGGCCUGCCUAGCGGCUCAGUGCAUUGACAGGGAAGGAGCAUCCAUAUUGAUUCAUGGAACAGAAGGAACUGAUUCCACACUGCAGGUGACAUCCCUCGCCCAAAUCAUCUUGGAACCAAGAAGCAGGACUAUCCGUGGAUUUGAGGCACUGGUAGAGAGAGAGUGGCUACAGGCUGGUCACCCGUUCCAUCAGCGCUGUGCACAGUCAGCCUAUUGCAACAGCAAGCAGAAGUGGGAGGCGCCUGUAUUUCUUCUCUUCUUGGACUGUGUGUGGCAGAUACUUCGUCAGUUCCCUUGCUCUUUUGAAUUUAAUGAGCACUUCCUCAUCAUGCUCUUUGAGCAUGCUUAUGCCUCACAGUUUGGAACAUUUCUGGGCAACAGUGAAAGUGAGAGGUAGGUUACUGCUCACAUGGGGAUAUUUCAUUUUUAGUUGUUUUGGUCUCUUCUUAAAAGAAACUAGGGCUUGGGUC